AUGGGCUUUUCUCAGCUCGGUCUACGCAGGGCCGCCGUGCACAUGUCCCGUGUGCCCGUUGCCUGCGGCCCCUGUCUACGACAGCAGGUUCUGGUCCCUCCGUCCCAAGUUUUGAAGCUCGCCAGAGCUGCCCGAAGAUAUGCCUCGGCGACGACAAUUGAGUCCAAGAAUUCCCUCGAGUCAUUGAGAAGCAAUAUCACGAAGGCUGCUCAGCCAGCGGCGCAUAAAUCUGGCUCCCAAGCCGCCGAGAAGUCAUCGUCCUUCCCCAACACCAACGCCAAGGUGGUGGGCUACUGGCUUGUCGGCAGCGCCGUGAGCGUCUUUGGCAUUGUGGUAUGGGGAGGCUUGACACGGCUGACCGAAUCUGGCCUGAGCAUCACAGAAUGGAGGCCCGUCACAGGCUCCCUGCCGCCCAUGUCGGCCGCUGACUGGCAAUCCGAGUUUGACAAGUACCGCGCUUCUCCCGAAUUCAAGCUUCUCAACCCCCACAUGGACCUGGCCGAGUUCAAGAAGAUCUACUUUAUGGAAUGGGCACACCGUUUGUGGGGUCGCUUCAUCGGUCUCUCCUUUGUGCUCCCGACCGUCUAUUUCAUUGCUCGCCGUCGGGUAACGCCGCGAAUGGCCGUCAAUCUGGUCGGCAUCUCGAGCCUCAUCGGUUUCCAAGGGUUUAUCGGGUGGUGGAUGGUCAAAUCCGGGCUGAAGGACGAUCUCUUUGCCCCAGGCUCUCACCCCCGCGUCAGCCAGUACCGCCUGACGGCACAUCUCGCUACCGCCUUCAUCUGCUACGCCUGGAUGCUUCUUUCUGGCCUUGGGGUGCUCCGGACACAUCGGCUUCUUCGCGACCCUGAAGCUGCCGCCAAGGCUUUUGCAGCGCUAAAGUCGCCCACGCUGACAGCGCUCCGCCGUUCGGUCGCUGGUCUGACCGUGCUCAUCUUCACCACCGUCCUCUCCGGUGCUCUCGUUGCGGGUCUCGAUGCCGGUCUUAUCUACAACGAGUUUCCCAAGAUGGGCGUAGGGUAUGCGCCGCCCAAGUCGGAGCUGUUUGACAAGUUCUACUGCCGCAGGGAGGACGGGUCCGACCUGUGGUGGCGCAACAUGCUCGAGAACCCAUCGCUCGUCCAGCUCGACCACCGCAUACUCGCCAUGACCACCUUCACCGCCGUGGUGGCACUGUUCGCCUAUAGCCGGACCUGUCGGAUCAAGGCUGCGAUGCCCAGGGAUGUGCGUAAGGGCGUCAAUGGUAUGCUGCAUCUCGCUCUGAUGCAGGUUACGCUCGGCAUCACCACCCUCAUGUACAUGGUUCCGAUCCCCCUCGCGGCCGCUCACCAGGCCGGUGCGCUUGCCCUCCUAACGGGAGCGUUGGUCGUGGGACACCGGCUGCGGGUACCCAAGGCCACGCAAGCUCUGGUGCAAAAGGCGCUGCAGAAUCCCUCUCGGUUUCAUGGGCAGGCGACGAGUCAGAAGCUUCUGAAGACUGUUGCCGAGAAAACCGGCGCUUAG